CUAGAACAUGAACUCCCGUAUCAGAUUCCAUAGCCAAGCUAAAACCACAAAUAUAUAGUAGAAAAGCCGAGAGAGAGAGAGAGAGUGUGUGUGUGAACCAUGAAGAAAACUAGCCUUCUCUUCUCCCUUCUCUUCCUCGCUGCCGCCGCCACGUUCUGCUCUGCUGCACGCGACCUGGACGCGGAGCUAGCCAAGGGCAAGGGCCACGGUGGCGGCGGCGGUGGCGGAGCGGGCAUCCCUGGGUUCGGCUCCGAUCCGGGCGGGUUCUUUGGCCCCGGCGGCGGGUUCAACGUCCCCGGGUUCGGUGGCGGGUGGGGCGCGGGCUUCGGCGGUCCCUCCGGCGGGCACGCGCGCGGCGGGGUGGUGCGGCCCUCCGUCGUGUGCUCCGACAAGGGUCCCUGCUACAAGAAGCGGGUGACGUGCCCCGCGAAGUGUUUCUCCUCCUUCAGCCGGUCCGGCAAGGGCUACGGAGGCGGCGGCGGUGGUGGAGGGUGCACCAUCGACUGCAAGAAGCGGUGCGUCGCCUACUGCUGAGCGUUUGCUGCCUUCACGCGUUUCCCCCCUUCUGUGCAGUAUGUAGUCCGUAUGUAUUACAUCGAACGUUAUCUUCCCUUCGCUGCAGCAUAUUGGUACGUGAGACUAGUAAUAUGGUAAUGGCAUGUGCUCUGUGUUAUCACUUCAGGUUGGCUCUUAAUUAUGAAGACAAUAGUUAUGUAUGGAUUAUUACAUAUUUAUACAUAUAUGAUGGAUGAUAGAAGACAAGUGUCCUUAGUUUCA